CGUGUUCCGACCCGCCAGGCUCCGCGCGGCUCGGAUCCGGCGGCGCUUCUUGGCCGGGAGUGGGUGGGGAAGAAGCCGGGGCUCAGGAGGAACCGCCAGAGCAGUCGGAGACGUUCCUUGGGAGAAAUUCCUCAAGGUGCCCGGCCUGAGACUAGAGGUAAUGGCAGUGUGAGUUCUAAAUGGUGUGAGACCACUUCAGAGCCAGAAAAUGGCUACAGCCUUAGAAGCAGAGGACCAGGAUCUUUGGGAUGAAGAGGGAAUUCUGAUGGUGAAAUUGGAAGAUGAUUUCACCUGUAGGCCAGAGUCCGUCUUACAGAGGGAUGACCCUGUGCUUGAGACCUCGCACCAGAACUUCCGACGAUUUCGCUACCAGGAAGCGGCAAGCCCUCGGGAAGCUCUCAUUCGACUUCGAGAACUUUGUCAUCAGUGGCUGAGACCAGAGAGGCGGACCAAGGAACAGAUCCUAGAUCUGCUUGUGCUGGAACAAUUCCUUACCGUCCUGCCUGGAGAGCUGCAGAGCUGGGUGCGCGGCCAGCGGCCAGAAAGUGGCGAGGAGGCGGUGACGCUGGUGGAGGGUUUGCAGAAACAACCCAGGAGACCAAGGCGGUGGGUGACUGUCCAUGUUCACGGCCAGGAAGUCCUGUCAGAGGAGACGGUGCAUGUAGGAGCAGAGCCCGAGUCACCAAGUGAGCUGCAGGAUCCUGUGCAGACCUCAAGCCCCGAGGAAUCCCAUGAGGAGACCACACAGAUCCCAGAUCUGGGGGCACCGGAAGAGCAGAGCCCAUGCCCUGAAGAGGAAUUGCAGCCCCACCAGGAGAGCGAGGUCCCGGUGCUCCAGGACCCAGACCUUCCCGAAGAGAGGACUACUGGAGACUCAGAGAUGGUUGCCCUGCUUACUGCGCUAUCACAGGGACUGGUAACUUUCAAGGACGUGGCUGUUUGCUUCUCCCAGGACCAGUGGAGUGACCUGGACCCAACACAGAGAGAAUUCUAUGGAGAAUAUGUCUUGGAAGAAGACUGUGGAAUUGUGGUCUCUCUGUCAUUUCCAAUCCCCCGACUAGAUGAGAUCUCCCAGGUUAGAGAGGAAGAGCCUUGGGUCCCAGAUAUCCAAGAGCCUCAAGAGCCUCAAGAGACAGAAAUCCUGAGUUUUACCUACACAGGAGAUAGGAGUGAAGAUGAGGAAGAGUAUCUUGAGCAAGAUCUGAGUUUGGAGGCUCUCCACAGGUCUAUUUUGGGAGAUCCAGAAGUUCCCCAGACUCCAGAUUGGGAAAUAGUCUUUGAUGAUAAUGCAGGUAGACUCAAUGAAAGAUUUGGAACACAGAUUUCUGAAGUUAAUAGUUUCAUGAAUCUUCGGGAAACCAUGCCUGUCCACCCGCUGUUAGGGAGACACCAUAACUGCCCUGUCUGUGGAAAAAGCUUCACUUGUAACUCCCACCUCGUUAGACACCUGAGAACUCACACGGGAGAGAAACCCUAUAAAUGCAUGGAAUGUGGGAAGAGCUACACACGGAGCUCCCAUCUUGCCAGGCACCAAAAAAUUCACAAGUUGGGCUCCUCUUAUAAAUUUCCCCUAAACCGGAAGAAUUUGAAGGAGACCUCCCCACUGAUCCAGGUGGCGAGAACUCCACCUGUUGAGAAGCCCUACAGAUGUGAUGACUGUGGCAAACACUUCCGCUGGACGUCAGACCUCGUAAGGCAUCAGAGGACACACACAGGAGAAAAGCCCUUCUUCUGUACGAUUUGUGGCAAAAGCUUCAGCCAGAAGUCUGUGCUAACAACACACCAAAGAAUCCAUCUUGGGGGCAAACCCUACUUGUGUGGAGAGUGUGGCAAGGACUUCAGUGACCACAGGCGAUAUCUGGCUCAUCGGAAGACACACGCCACCGAAGAGCUCUAUCUCUGCAGUGAGUGCGGCCGGUGCUUCACCCAAAGUGCGGCGUUCGCCAAGCACCUGAGAGGACAUGCAUCGGUACGGCCCUGCCGCUGCAACGAAUGUGGGAAAAGCUUCAGUCGGAGGGACCACCUCGUCAGGCAUCAGAGAACGCACACUGGUGAGAAGCCAUUCACGUGCCCAACCUGUGGAAAAAGCUUCAGCAGAGGAUAUCACUUAAUCCGGCAUCAGAGGACCCACUCAGCAAAGACCCCCUAGACAGAUCGCUUUCUGAGGAGAUCUGUGCUCAGCCCUUACCCCAGAACGGGCUGAUGUCAGCCUGGGCAGACCUCUUCUGACCAGCCCAGAUCUUACAUAACCUCUUCCAUGACUAAAUGAAACCCCUGGGCAGAACCUCUUCACUUUCUUCUAGACCUUGAAGACAUUCUUUGCCCAGAGAACAAAUUGAAUCGAGGCUUCUCCUUGAGUGGAGUGUUCCUGCCUCUACCUCGUGGUUUUAUGAAGUGGAGAUUUAGAAGACUUAAGAGGUUGUAGUUAUCAUAUUGUCCAAAAAAACAACAGGCUGUUACAUAACCUAAAGGCUACUUGAUAGUCUCAAGUUUAAAGUGGCCAACAACAACAACUUAGGCUUGAUAAGGGACCAGCCUUAAGGUUUCUUUCCUUACUGGGCUCAGAUGUUAAAGCACACAGCCCUGAACUCAAAGACGAGAUUUGGGUCCUGCUGACCUUGUCACACAGUCACAGGAAAACUGUACAAAUCCCUCACUGUCUGAUUCACUUCUUCACCAUGCACUUUCCUUUAUUGUUGGGAGAAUAUGGGAGAAGUAUUUGAUGGGCGAAAAUCUAAUGGCUGCUUCUUAUGGACCUUUUCAGGCUGCUCCCUUCCCCAUUGUCAAAACGAUUCCAGGUGCCAGACUGCCCUAGCAAAGGAGGGCCUAGUCAGUAGCCUCUUGUUUCCUUGUGGGUUUUAUUUUCCUGUUAGAAUACCCUUAUGUGUUUAACCUCCCUACUGUUGGUUUUGUUCCUGGCACUUCUCCUACAAGUGAGAUGUAGCAUUUGGGUGCUCAGGGAAUCAGUAAAGCAUAAUGAAAUCAUGAUGCAAUGGUGUACAUUCCCACAUGUGCACAAACCCACCCACCCAGCUUCCCACUCUUCACAUGGGCUCAUGAGGGGAUUUUGGAACUGUGUCAGCUUCUAAAGGCCCUAUCAUAUUUAUAGGAUCAUGAUUGACUGGGUCACCUCCUUACAUGAAGAAAACUAGAGAAGAUCUGAGGUCAAACUAUGAAAAAUUUAAGAGAAAGCUGUUGCUGCUGGCCAGGGUCAUCAAGACUAUUCUAGCACCCAACCCGUCAUCCCUGGUUCAGUUCUAUGACAGCAGGGAAAAUUCGGAACCCCAGCACCUGGGACCCCAGGAGUUUGCCAGAAGUAUUUGGCUUUCAUCUAUUUGUGUUGUUUGCUUUUUCUUAUGUGAUUUCAUUUUCAUGUAAUUAAGAACUAAGUAGUAUCUCAUGAUGACCCAAGGAUCUCUUACCUGAUAAAGGUUACCAUGGGGAUGAGGCUGAAUAAUUUAUCAUGAAUAUUACCUGCUCUGAUUGUGGGAAUGGCAAGGACCAGGAAGACCAUCCUCCAUAAACGGAGCACAGGGUGUGGGAUUAAAGCAUGAGAAGGGAGACUUUUCUGUGCCUGGUUUCUUCUGCUCUUUUACACAACCCAUUAUGUGCCCAUUUACACCCAGAGGAAGAUGGGUGGGUUAACAAGACCCCAACCCUAACAGCUCAAUAAGGAAAUUCUCAUUUUGGUCAGUAAUGAUUUUCUGAUGGACUGGCUUGGUUUUAAUACCAGUCAACCAUUGUCCUUCUGGAAAUACAAACAUGAAAUAAAUAAUUAUUAACACUGGCAGCCAAGUAGCCCUGGUUUCUGGGACUUUCCAUUUUACCCCCUCACUUUCCAGGGCCUCAGGACCCUGAUGCUUCUGAAGAUGAUUCAUACAAAGAGAUCAGGGCACACACAGCAGUUCUGCAUUGGGACAGAGAAGUCCUAGGAUGGCUAGCAGAGCCACAUGUGGAAUACAUGCAUCCUGAUGUAAGAUCGGAGCCUGGAGUUUACAAAAGAGACUUUUUCUCAACCAUAUAUCUAGGGUCUAAGCACAAUGUGUCCUGGGUGAAAUGUCAUGGCUUCAAAAG